AAAUUUGAAAUUAGACUACUUCCGGUUUGGAAGAUACGAGUUUGUUUUGGUUUUAGGACACGUCAGAUAAAAGAUUCUUUUGCUAGAUUGUGAAACUUUGGCGUCUCAUAGCAUAUUUUAUUUUGUCUGGAAUUCACCAUAGAAAUAUGGCUUCAAACGAUAUAGGGGAUUGGUACCGAGGAAUCCCUCAGAUGACGAAGUAUUGGUUCACCGGCUCAGUCGUUGUACCCCUCGUGGCAAGAUUUGGACUCAUCAACCCAAGAAAUCUUAUUCUUAUAUUUGAAAGUGUUGUGUAUAAAUUUCAGUUUUGGAGACCUCUAACGGCUGUAUUAUUUUACCCAAUAUCUGGCCCCAGUGGAUUCCAUUAUCUAAUGAACCUCUAUUUUCUCUAUUCCUACUCUACAAGGCUUGAAACAGGUAUAUUCGAUGGAAAACCUGCAGAGAUGGGAUUUCUGUUGAUCUUUAAUUGGUUAUGUCUAGUUAUAAUAGGUUUUGCUGCAGAAAUGUGGCUCCUGAUGGACCCCAUGGUUCUCAGUGUCCUGUAUGUUUGGUGUCAGCUUAACAAAGACAUGGUUGUCUCAUUCUGGUUUGGAACACAGUUCAAGGCAAUGUACCUUCCGUGGGUCUUGUUGGCUUUCAAUAUGAUUAUUGGACAAGGAGGUCUAAUGGAACUGGUUGGAAUCAUCGUGGGACAUGUGUAUUUCUUCUUAAUGUUUAAAUAUCCCCAAGACUUUGGAGGAGCCAGGCUACUCUCUGUUCCAAACAUUCUCUACAAGUAUUUCCCUAACAGAAGAGGAGGAGUUUCAGGAUUUGGAAUGGCACCAUCGAGUCGGCGGCAGGCAGCUGAUAAUAACGGUGAUAAUCACAGACAUAACUGGGGAAGAGGCAAUAAUCUCGGAGGGAAUUAGAUAUGCUCCCGAGUUCGGAUGUCAUCCGUGCGUUUUAAUCUAUGCCCUAGUAAUGGACAGGCUGUGUUGGAAAGCUGAUAACCUUUGACAACAUCCUAUGUAAAUUUUACAGCGUAUAUUGUGUAUCUAAAGUAUGCACUGUGUUGUUUUACCAUGUUGUUGUGUUAUAAUUCUCGAGGCUUGUACUCGGGAUCCAUAAGUAAAUGUACAUUCAAAGUUCACAGCUUUUGAAAUUUUGUUUUAACUUAUUCAGAUUGUUCAUGCAUCAUUUCAGGUAAGACGUAGAGCAAGACUAUGAGGAUUUUAUUUAUAGAGACUAUCAUUUGAAGAAUUUUGUUUGAUAGUUUGAUGACUUGCUGUAUUCCUAUAAAUGAUUAUAUCAAGAGAAUAUGAAAUAUGAAAUCAAUAUGCUUUUUAUGUUCUGCAGGAAUUGUAAUGAUUCUGUGUUUGUUGAAAGUUUGAAAAUGCUGCUGGGUUUCACAUAUCAGUUAACAGCACCUGUAUUAACAAAUAAAUUUCAUUUAUAGAAGUACACGAGGACACGUACAUUAAGCAAAGUUCUUGAUGCGUGUAAUAGUAUUUCAUGAAGUAUGCUGGCAUAAAGCAUUGCAGUUCAUACCCUUUUGUGUUUUCUGAAAUGAAGUUUUUUUUCUCACAUUUACAUUCUACUUUCAUCUCCCUUAGAAUAUCCGGCUGUUAAAAUAAAUGUACUACACACUGCAUUGUUUACAAUGAUAAAAUAUGUUCAUUUUUACUUUAUGGAAUUAUUCAAUCAUUGUUGACAAAUUAUUUUCACCAAAUGAUGCACACAACUAAUGAAUGUGCAUGCAUAUUCUCUUGCAUUCUUUAUUGAAAAUAAAAUAUCAAUCGAAAAAAUGA